AUGUAAAGGAAAAACAUUUCUGAUUUAUCUGCUCUCGUUAAAGAAAAAGAAGGCUUGUAUACAUUUCGUAGGCUUGAAAGAAAGGACGUUUUCAACACAUAAAGACUUAUGAUAAAUGCGUUUCUCACCCAAAACCCUGUGAUUUAACUACUAUAGGCCACCGAAUAAGACAUUAAAGUAUUGUAAUCAAUAGAAAUCUUGUAAGUAUUAUGAGUAUUUAUAUUUUAGUGAUCGAAUCAUAGCUGAGAACCUUUCAUUUGGUGCCUUUCAAGGAGAAAAUCUAGUUUCUGCUUGUUUAACUUGUGAUUUAAAGACUGAUAUGUAGGAAGAUGGAGUAUAGCCAACUCCAGUGGCUUCAGAAAUAAUUGGAAUUAUUGAUAUAUUAUUAGGUAAGUAUGUAGCAUCAAAAGAGAGAGACUAUAAAGAAGUCGCUUAUCUAAAUCAUUUGGGAACACAUUCAGAUUACAUAAGAUAAUCAUUAGCUGUUGUGUGUGCUUAUUUAUCAAUAGAAGAAUGUAAAAAGCAAGGAUUUCAAUAACUUCUCACAGAAUCUUGGCAUUAGGGAACUUAUCGUACCUUUAACAAGAUAUUUAAAAAUUUUGAUGUAAUAAAGGAAAUUCAUGAACUAAGAGAAUCAAAAGUUAAUCUCAUUUCAUUGGUUGGUUCAUUGAAUUGA